AAAAAAAAGAAAAAACCCUCCGAAAAUUACCGCCGUUCGGGUUGCAUCUGAAAAAACCCUAGAAGCUUACUUGGGGACGUGCGUGUGCCAUACGCUUGCUCGUAUCUCCUCUUCGCUUCUCAGCGCACGUUGUUCUUUGAUUCCACCUUCUUUUCCUAUCUGAUAAUCUUCCGCCUACCUUCAGUUUUUCAAUUUUGUGACUGAUGGCGGAUCGAUUAACGCGUAUAGCUAUUGUGAGUUCGGAUAGGUGCAAGCCGAAAAAGUGCCGUCAGGAAUGCAAGAAGAGCUGUCCCGUAGUUAAGACAGGUAAACUGUGUAUUGAGGUUACCCCAGCCUCUAAGAUCGCUUUCAUCUCAGAAGAACUAUGUAUUGGAUGCGGUAUAUGUGUUAAGAAAUGCCCAUUUGAAGCAAUUCAAAUCAUCAAUCUGCCGAAGGAUUUGGAUAAAGAUACAACGCAUAGAUAUGGUGUCAACACCUUCAAAUUGCACAGGUUGCCAGUUCCUCGGCCUGGGCAAGUUCUUGGUUUGGUUGGGACCAAUGGUAUUGGGAAGUCCACUGCACUGAAAGUUUUGGCUGGAAAACUGAAACCAAAUCUUGGUCGUUUCAAUAACCCCCCAGAUUGGCAGGAGAUAUUGACCUACUUUCGCGGAUCUGAGUUGCAGAACUAUUUUACACGUAUCCUUGAAGAUAAUCUAAAGGCAAUCAUAAAGCCCCAAUAUGUUGAUCACAUUCCAAAAGCAGUUCAAGGGAACGUUGGCCAGGUGCUAGAGCAAAAAGACGAGAGGAAUGUGAAGGAAGAACUCUGUCGUGAUCUAGAACUUAAUCAAGUUAUAGAUCGCAAUGUUGGUGAUCUGUCUGGUGGAGAACUUCAAAGAUUUGCCAUUGCUGUUGUUGCCAUACAGAAUGCAGAGAUCUAUAUGUUUGAUGAACCAUCAAGUUACCUUGAUGUGAAACAGAGACUUAAAGCUGCUCAAGUUAUUCGAUCUUUGCUUCGGCCCAACAGCUAUGUAAUUGUUGUCGAGCACGAUCUUAGUGUCUUGGAUUACUUGUCUGACUUCAUUUGCUGUCUUUAUGGGAAACCGGGUGCAUAUGGAGUUGUGACCCUUCCCUUCUCGGUUCGAGAAGGAAUCAACAUCUUCUUGGCUGGUUUUGUUCCCACAGAAAAUCUACGAUUUAGAGAUGAAUCUCUUACCUUCAAGGUUGCUGAGACUCCUCAGGAAAGUGCUGAGGAAAUUGAAACAUAUGCACGAUAUAAGUACCCAACCAUGACUAAAACUCAGGGAAAUUUUAGGCUCCGUGUGGUUGAAGGUGAAUUUACUGAUUCACAGAUUAUUGUGAUGCUCGGUGAGAAUGGAACAGGAAAGACAACAUUUAUUCGUAUGCUGGCUGGUUUGUUGAAACCCGAUUCUGUUGAAGGUUCUGAUAUUGAAAUUCCCGAGUUUAACGUUUCCUACAAACCCCAGAAGAUCAGUCCUAAAUUUAAAUUUUCAGUCAGGCACUUGCUACAUCAGAAAAUAAGGGACUCCUAUAUGCAUCCCCAAUUUGUUUCAGAUGUAAUGAAGCCCUUGCUUAUCGAACAAUUGAUGGAUCAGGAAGUUAUGAAUCUUUCUGGAGGAGAGUUGCAGAGAGUUGCGUUGUGCCUUUGCCUUGGAAAGCCUGCGGAUAUUUAUCUGAUAGAUGAACCUAGUGCUUACCUUGAUUCUGAGCAGCGUAUUGUUGCUUCAAAAGUCAUCAAGAGAUUUAUCCUCCAUGCAAAAAAGACUGCCUUUGUGGUCGAACACGAUUUUAUUAUGGCCACGUAUCUAGCAGAUCGAGUUAUUGUAUACGAGGGUCAGCCAUCAAUCGAUUGUACUGCUAACGGACCUCAGUCGUUACUGACUGGAAUGAAUCUCUUCUUAUCUCAUCUUGAUAUUACGUUUAGAAGAGAUCCAACAAAUUACAGGCCAAGAAUUAACAAGGUGGACUCGACGAAGGAUCGGGAGCAAAAAUCCGCUGGCUCAUACUAUUAUUUGGAUGAUUAAGAAUUCUGCAGGAUGCUGGUUUUUUUUUUCCUUUUUUUAACUUAAUGAGGACACCAUUGCUGACUCCAAAUCGUUGAAUCUCCAUAUCUUUAUAAGAAAGAGGUAAAAACGAGGAGGAUGUUUUCAAUUUGUGGAACCUGUGUUUGUGCUUAUUUCUUAAUGAAGCAGGGCAUGCACCUUCCUCUGAUUCUCUGGAUGUGUAGUAUAAUUCUCUAAUGGUCUGGCCCCUUGCAAGUUCAACAGUUUUCUCAGCCAUCACAAGGCAAGUCUGAAUGUUCGUUCACUUUUUUCUUUCCCCCAUGCUUUUUAAUUUGUAUCUUUUAAGAUUUGCAAACACAUUUUGAGGAACAAAUAGUAUUUUUACACAUUUUAGAUUUGUUGUAAUGCGGCAAUUUUCUUUCGUUGGAGUCAAAAGGAAUGAUGAGUAGAGUUUAAUUACACUACGAGAUUUGUGUUUAUUUACUUUUUCUUCA